UUGUGUGUGGCGAGUUUGCUAGCUGUCUUAAUUAGUUAAUUCCUAAUAUAACUAGAAUGUUUCUGGCAUUCACGAAGAACUUCUCAGUUACUUUGUAUUUUGCUCAAUGCAACAUAAAAAAGAAAUUUCUCAGUUACUCUUUAUUUGCACAAUGCAAUAAAUAUUUCCUCCCAAAUAUGACAAACUGUGAAGUUAAAUCCUGGCUGUACUUCAGCUGAAAAGAGAGACAGAGGGGCUCUUAUACUCCCCGCACCCACUGCCAUCCCCCCUCCCUCUUUACCUGUACUGUCACCACUAGAAAAUUUUUUUUUUAUUAAUAAGGUGUUUAUUGAAAUAAGAUUUCCUUGUGAUUUGUUGAAUGAGCAUGUUUUACAGGAAAUUAAUGUAGCAUUAACAAUCAGCAGCAUUUGUCAUGUGACUAAUGUUCAGUCCUGACUUAUUCAUGAGUAGAAAGUAUCAGGCUGAGGAUGAUUAGUUUUAAUGUAACGGGAUGUGGAUAUUAUUGAAUGUUAGUUUAAGCCAAUCGUAAAACAUAAAAAGAGUUAGAUAAAACAUCGACAUUGUCAAUGGAUCGAUUAAAAUUAUGCAAAUGGCACAGAAUUAGUUAUUUUCACAAAGUUACAUGCAGCGUUCCAUUAAACUAAGUGUAUUGACAAAGUAAAUUCAAUUUAUAUAUUGUGGUCAAUACUUCAUCAAGAUGGAUAAGGAAACAUUCAACAGACAUCGACUGUAGUUAUAUUGUAGCUUGUUUUUAGCAUGCGUUCACGAGCUUCCAAAUGAGUGAUUAUUAUGUGUUAUAAGGAGAUUUCAGCCAUGUUCAUUACAAGGAGCGUCAACCCUGGGGUUCAAUAAAUCUAUAUUUUUCUGAUUUAUACCGCACACACGAGUAUAUAUAUAAUUAUAUAGACAUUGGGAGGUGACUGGCAGGCAACAGGAAAAAGCAUCAAUCCCGUUUCCUAGAAAUGACCUCCAAUAUUGUUGAUAUCUUAACGACAAGGCGAAAAAUUAUUUCAUGGUGAAAUGAACGUCAACAUAUUCAAUGGCAGAAAAUAAAAAUGCGAGAAAGAUGCUGAAAAGGAUUUUGGAGUGGAAAUUUGCAUAAAAGUUUGAUCAUGCAUGAAGAAUUUAUUGGUUGCUGGAAGUUCCAGUUAUAGUUGAUAAAUGAAGAUGUAAAUUAGAGAUAUGUACAUUUCAUUCACUAAGAGCAGCAAGUCUAAAGGAUUCAAUAAGGUUCAUCUCAAAAUAUCUAGCAUGACCUUGUGUGCAUGCCUAUAAACUUAGUUUUUACUAAUAUCAAGUGGUGUACUGUCAGUAUGAUAAUAAUGUCGGGUGGGAGAAGAUUUUUAAAGAGAGAUAAUGUUUCUCACCUUUUUUUUGUGGGCUGUUGUUGACUGCAUGUCUCAGUUCUGGGAAUGUUCAUGGCUCGUGGUAACGGCUGGAAAUCUUCCGCAGUGUGAUGUGAUAUGGUAUGGCGUAUCGCGCUGUUAGUUACAUAAAUUCAUAUCACUGAUGUAGAAAUUCCAGUUGUCUCAAUGCCUCAGCUAUACAUGCAGAACAGUCAUCAUAUAAAGUUUGUAUAUAAUACAGAGAGAGAGAGAGAGAGCUAUAUAUACACACAUAUAGUAUAUUAUAUAGAGCUAUGUAUAUAUAGAGAGAAACAGAGUGAAACAUAAUAUAUAUAUAUAUACUCACACACAUGUAUUAAGCCAGGAAGAACUCAGAUUCAUAUCUUCAGAAACUAAUUCCCUAUAGUAAAUAAAAAUUAGUAAUAAAACAAGAGAUAGACUUACCUCACCCUCAGCGCUGCUCUACAUCCCCACUUUCUGCAUUAAUAAUUCCUGUUUUUGCCACUCUCUGUCCAUGUUCCUUUUGCUGCUCAUCAAAUUUGUAAGUUUCCUCUCAUCCUUGUUGAGUUAUUGAUGAGAGCUUCCUUUUUUUUCCUUCCACGGUGGAGAGUUUUGUGUGUUACAAUAAAUCCCUCAGUAUCAUUACCCACAGCUACCACCAUUCCUCUCACCUCAAUCAAGAUCUCGUUGAUUAAUUCCAAAAGACGUCAAUUACCAGCCGUGACUGCAGAUUAUAUUCUUUUAGUUUUUUGCCUGAGAUAUUUAAAGUAAUUGUGGCUGAUUGUGUGUAUUGGAAAUAAAUAAUAAUGUUUAACCCCUGAUGUCCUUGGGAGUUUUAAUACAGUCGGCACAGAGGAGAGGAAUAUUUGCCACGGUGGUGUGGAUAAUAUUUAUAGUCCUACAGAAAUUGUGUACAAAUUUUUUUGGGGGGGGUUUAUAGUAUUGUGUUGCAGGUCAAGUAAACAAACUUCCGGAUGUAACACUGUGUGACUGGAACAUUUCUUGUUUACCUCACUACAAAUAUAUGUAAUAUGUGACGUGAACAAACAACAUUCCAUGGAUUGCUGAUUGAAAUAUACGUUUGUUCUUGUGUACCUAGUGGAUGUGAUACUAGUCUUUGUACAGCCUAGCUGUGGGGGGAAGAUUUCAUACACAAGAUACUGUUUUUAUCCUCAUUUUCUGGGUCAGGAGAACAAGUGUGUGAAUUAGCAGUGACUGUUGAGCUCUGUUGCAUUGUAUGCUUUCCAUUGUGGCAAGAUUUGUGAGAGAUUAAUUAUAAGGAAGAGAAUUGAACUUAAAAGGAAGAGAAUUCAUUAACAGUUCUCCUGCAUUUACAAUUCUCCUACGCAAAUUUUUAUGUACAUUUCCCUGUCAAGUACAGGCACAGACUUAUAAUUUUCAAAUUUGUGUGGUGAUUGAUAUAUACAGUCUUUGUUCAAAUAGUGACAAGAGGUGUACGUCAUUGAGGUCAGAGUUCACGACAAGAUAGAGGUAAGAUCUUGCAAAGACGGCAAGCUUAAGGACAUCAGUCUGUGACAUGGUCAUUUGAAGCGAGCAUCUUUCAGGUCGAGAUUCUGCAGAUGUUGAGUCAGAAGGCUCUUGAUUCAGAAUUUUCUAGAUAAUGCACCUCUUCUGUGUGUGAUGGAGUAAUGUUUGGACACUUUUAUCUUAAGAGUACUGAUGUAAUGAUACGCGCAUGAGUCAAUAGUGGACUGACUAUAAACCUGUGAUAGCUGAGAACCUCUGCACAAUCUUGUCUGAGAAGAGGAAGAAAAAAGUUAAAUUUCAUAAUGUCGAAGAAAAUCAUUGGGAAGAAUCUCUCUGAGAACAGUCUCAAUGACAGCUUGCCGGAGAAACUGAAGUCCAUGGGAGUUGAGGAAGCUUUCCGAGCCCGGUCCGCACGGAAACGUCACAGCAUCCAGUUGGAUAAACGGAUCAGCAUUCAGCUCCAGGAGAGACGUUCCAGUAAUGCCAGCUCGACCAGCGAGACAGCGGACUCCGUAUCCUCAUACACUGGUAGUUCAUCAGAAGAGGAUGAGGUCAACCCAAGGGACAAAAAUCAGAAAAACACCAAAGGCAGCUCGGAUUUUUGUGUGAAGAAUAUUGACAAUGCUGCGUUUGGAAGACGAGAGAUAGAGAUUGCUGAACAAGAGAUGCCCGGUUUGAUGGCCCUCAGGAGGCGGGCCGAGAAUGACAAACCUCUCAGCGGGGCUAAAAUCAUUGGAUGUACCCACAUCACGGCACAAACAGCGGUGUUGGUGGAGACUUUGGCAGCUCUCGGGGCAUCAGUUCGGUGGGCAGCCUGCAACAUUUACUCCACUCAGAAUGAAGUGGCGGCAGCUUUAGCAGAGGCAGGGUUUCCGAUUUAUGCCUGGAAAGGCGAGACAGAGGAGGACUUCUGGUGGUGUAUAGACAAAUGUAUCAACUCAGAGGGUUGGCAGCCAAACAUGAUCCUGGAUGAUGGGGGUGAUGCUACGCAUCUGAUGUUGAAGCGAUACCCUGCCAUGUUUAACAUGAUUAAGGGGAUCGUGGAAGAGAGCGUCACAGGAGUGCACCGUUUAUACCAGCUCUCAAAGUCGGGAAAACUCACCGUGCCGGCCAUGAAUGUCAACGAUUCAGUCACCAAGACAAAGUUCGAUAACCUGUACAGCUGCAGGGAAUCCAUUCUAGAUGCACUGAAACGCACAACAGAUGUUAUGUUUGGUGGAAAGCAGAUCAUCAUUUGCGGAUAUGGAGAGGUUGGAAAAGGUUGUGCCUCGGCCCUUAAGGGACUUGGAUGUAAUGUAUUGGUGUCAGAAAUUGACCCCAUUUGUGCCCUCCAGGCAUGUAUGGAUGGUUUCCGCGUCACCAGGUUGGAGGAAGUGGUGAAGAGCAUUGACAUCCUCAUCACCUGCUCUGGAAACAAGAAUGUUGUUACCAGAAACCACAUGGACAAGAUGAAAACUGGUUGUAUAGUUUGUAAUAUGGGUCAUUCCAAUACAGAAAUCGAUGUGGGAUCUCUGAGGACACCGGACCUGACAUGGGAGAAGGUGCGGUCUCAAGUCGAUCACAUCAUCUGGCCAGAUGGCAAGAGGAUCAUUCUCUUAGCUGAGGGUCGCCUGGUGAACUUGAGCUGUUCCAGUGUACCGUCCUUUGUGGUGUCCAUUACGUCGGCCACACAGGGCUUAGCUCUGAUUGAACUCUACAAUGCUCCACAGGGACGAUACAAGCAGGAUGUCUAUCUACUGCCAAAGAAAAUGGAUGAAUAUGUAGCUAGUUUACAUCUACCCACAUUUGAUGCCCACUUAACUGAACUGACAGACGAACAGGCAAAAUACUUAGGUUUGAAUAAAACAGGUCCAUUCAAACCGAAUUAUUAUAGAUAUUAGUACAACAGAAUUUCCUGUAUCUCGCCAGUGUUGUCGGUCAGUCAACGCCCUCCAGUGUGUGAAUUAUUAUACAAGUUUUGAUGACUUCAGAGAUUUUUCCAUUGUUUUUUUUUAGGUGUGUUCGAUUGGUUAAACUUGAACACCCCUAGUACAUCAGUAGAGAUAUUGUAUCAUACUUAAAGCACUGUACACUGUAUAUAUUGUGAUAUUAAAAGACAUUUUGUUCUGUGAUGAAAAAGGUAUUGUUGAUGUUUGUGUACAAAUUGUCAAAUCAAAGUACUACAGUGUUUUAGGGGUUUUAGAUAUGGGCCAUUAUUUUUACUCCACCUCCAGACUAUAAAUGAUUCUCAUGUAGAUGCAAUGAUACUACAAGUACAAAAUAUAUUUAAACAGAAAUGAUGGGAAUUCUAUAGUAAAGUUCCUACUGAUUGACAAGUUGUUUAGUGCCAAAUUUUGAAUGUAUAUGCUGCAAAUAGUUGUUACUCAUUUUAACUACAUAAACUUUUUUAACGGACUCAUGAAUAGAACAUGAUUUAAAGGAAUUUCAAGGUCCAGGUAUUUUAACAGGUUUCAAUUUUUUUUAAAUUUUAAAACUGAAGGUUGAUUAUUAUAUUUUAUUUUUAAAUUAUCUUUUUUUUUAUUGUUUUGUUGCCCAGCAAUAGAAUAAACACGGCAACAUUGUUGUGAAAGAGAGAAGGUCGUCUCUAAUCAGUUUGUUGGUAUGUGUGCAUGUGUGUGUCAUAUGUUCUCAUGUUAACCAGAAAACAUUUAAGGUGUAAAGGAUCUAAUUAAUUAAAGGGGUGGAUCCAGAUGUUGAAAGACUUCAGGAGAUUGAGACAGAAAAAUAGCCAAUAUAUGAAACAUGAUAUAACCUGAGAAAUUGUUGGAUCCACUCCUGUAGAUAUAUAAGUAAUCAGUUUGUGAUGUUUUCAUGUAUCUACUUGAGAUUCAGGUCAUGUGACUGGUUAGUUUGAAACUUGUGUUAUUUCAUAAACUGUCAUUAUACAUUCCUGGUGUAUGAAGUAAAUCAUGUAUAAAUGUCCACGCUUCUUGUAAACAGAUAUUCUGAAAGAUUGUUGGAAGGUUUUGUUUUUUGAAAUUGUGAACUGAGUAUAUUUUGAAAUUGUAAGUUAGUAAGCUAUACACUCAGGAGUAAAUUUUCAUCUUUAAAAAAAAUCUAAACAAACAAAAAACGAAUUUUGAUUUUAUUUUCCUUAUUCCUUUAAAUCUCAGGGGAAAACAUGCUUUUUUAUAGAAUUGUUUAGUUUUUCAGGCUUCUUUGACAUAUUUAGAAAUUAUUAUCAAGUCCAAAGAAAUUGUGUAUGCAGAUCAUUUUUUUAAAAAAAAAUUGAGAUAUUUUCACUUUGAGAAUAUUGGAAAAUAAAGAGGAAUAACACCUCAUCAUAAUCUAAAUGCCUGGUUGGAUAGCUCAUUGAAUUAACAUGUUUGACUGCCAAUUUUUUUUUUAAAAAUGGCGUCUGAGUUGGCAGGGGAUAUUUUUUUUCUCUUCAGGUUACUAAAACUGCUCUUUUUUUUUUUUUUUUUUUUACACCAAGUGAGGUAAAUUUGAAGGUUUUCAGUUUCAAAAUAUGAUUGUACAUAUCCUCCACUUUCCAUCCAUUUUUUUCCUUGGGUAUGUUACCCCUCCUUAACAUACGUCAUUCUUUUCUUAUCUCAUAAAAUAUAUUACAAGUGUACAUUUUUGACAGUUUUCCUUCUUCCAUUGAUACAAUUGUAAUUUUGUGCCAUGUAUAUUUGUAGUAGUUACCUGUCAAAGAAUCGAAGAAAUGGCAACUUCCUUUAUCAUCACGACCAUGCUGAAUUUAUUAGUUUUAAACAUUGUUCUGCUCUGUUAAAGAGAGAUAACUCCUGGAUUAAUGUAUUACUUUCUUUCCUUUUAUUUGAAAAGAGAGAUCUCCUUAAAUUAGAUUUUUACAGAAACAAUAACUUCUUUUGGAAAAAAUAUAAAUUUAUUGAAGGGGGGAGGGGUAUAAUUAGCACACAAAAGGACAAAGUACCUUAGGUAAAGGAACAGCAGAAAUCUGUUUAUUAAGCUGUGCUUGACUAGUCAAAAAUGUGUUUCACAUUAUCAAAGUUUUGAAUAUUUUUUUUGAAGACUAAUAAAUUGAUUCAAACAGAGGAAA